AUGCGACCAACAUUCAACGAACUGAACACAAUCAACCAUGCUUCCUUUCAUCUUCAUGACAAUGACCAAGUGCUAGAAAAACUGGAGCCUAUUAUAAGACUCAUACGUCGUGGAAAGCAACUACCAGUGCGGAAAUUGAGCUUCAAUAUCAGGAAACUAUCAGAUGGUAACCCCAAGACUGGCUCCCAUGACGAGCCUCGCUGGGCUAGACUCCAAAAUCUAGGAUGUGAAACAGCUGUUCUCUGCAUGAUCGCUUUUAACAGCUUAGCCACUUUGGCUGGCGAUGAGUUUGAAUGGCUACUGGAAAACGUGCAGAGAUACCUGGCAAUACAGAGUCUUCCUUGCGGUUGGAUAGCUUCGGAGCAGAUUAGGCAGGUUAUGGCACGCGCACUGAGACAACCAAACACACUUUCCUUCCUCGAAAGCUAUCAUAAGCACGAAUUCCAAAUUAGUGAUAACAAAGAGCAACAUGUCAGAAAACGAACCGGCGACGAAACACAGAUGAAAUACAUGUUCUCGAAUGCUCCUGCCGGUAUUAUUUCAACCUUACCGGAACCGUUUAAAAAGGCCGUCGAGAAUAGCCAGCUCUGGAAGUGGGAAAGAAAGCACAGAUUGACGAAAACAGGGUGUCUGGGUACUUUGUUCCCAAGGGAUGAAAUGCAGGACGUCUCCUUGACCAUUUGA